AUGGAUAGGUUUACUAAGGUCCGUAAUAUUGGGAAAGGGAACAUGGGCGCCUGCGUCCUUGUGCGCAAUAACGAAGACGGCAAGCUCUACGUAAUCAAGCAGGUGGACCUUACGAAGAUGAAUAGAAAAGAGCGCCAGCAGAGCCUUAACGAGGCACACCUGCUGAAAUCGCUUCAACACCCGAAUGUGAUUAAUUAUGUGGACAGUUUCCUUACCAACAAAUCCGAUUACAUUUGCAUUGUGAUGGAGUACGCAGAUGGCGGUGACCUGAGUUCCCGCAUCAAGAAAUCAUAUGGGGUGAACUUCCGUGAAACACAGGUUAUCGAUUGGAUUAUUCAGUUAGCGCUUAGUCUGUCCUACGUGCACAAACGUAAGGUGCUUCAUCGUGACGUCAAAUCGCAGAAUGUGUUUUUAACCAGCCAGAAUAUCCUGAAGCUGGGAGACUUUGGUAUUGCUCGAACCCUUAGUGGCACAUACGAUCAAGCCAAAACAUUUGUAGGAACACCGUAUUAUUUAUCACCAGAGCUCAUUAUGGAACGUCCAUAUGACCACCGUAGCGAUGUGUGGGCAUUAGGUGUUAUUGUGUAUGAGCUGUUGACGCUGAAGCACCCCUUCAACGCGACAAGUAUGAAAGGGCUAAUGCAGCGGAUCCUUAAACUGCAGUACGAGCCGAUUCCUCCACUAUAUACGACGGAGUUACGUAAUAUUGUACCGCGUCUGCUAACCAGAGAUCCCGCGCACCGCAUUCGUUUGUCAGAUCUCCUCGAUCUCCCUGUGAUUCACCGGAGAUUGAGGGAGUGGAUGCUGUCUGAUGUGAUGCCUAAGGAUUACAUCGAAACUCUGCUGCGUAACGGAUUACUUCCGUCGCAAGUGGCAGCACUUCGGAAGUCGGCGGUAGUUCCCCCUGCUGCGCCGACUACGUUACCGGCUAGGGACCGCACGCAGUGCUUAACACCAUUAUCGCCCGAGGUAAUAACAAAACCGUCGAAACUGCCGUCCCCGAUCCCGGCAGGAGGGAGCUCUCCACCGUUGGUGACGGAUAUAUCAGAAGGAUUGUCACCGAAAUUGCCACAACUCGACCAGCGACAGAAGCAGCAGACGCCACAGCAAAAUGACCACUUCCAGCAGCAGCAGCAGCAGCAACAACAACAACAACAACAACAGACACCGUCGUUGCAACCUUCGCAGCAGCUCAAUGGGGCCCGGCUCCCCUCCCAGGAUCGUGACGCGGGUGCCAAAAAGCAACAACUGCAACCGAAGCACCUGUACAUUAAUUACAAAAAGUUUAAUGGCGGCUACAACUCAUCUAGUGUGUCCGGUAAUGGAGUGGUGAAGCAAAACUCCUCCGCUCCAAACCCAAUGUGUGUGCCUUCUGGGCCGCGUAACGCCGGUGUCAGCCCCAGCAACGCUCCGUCUAUAGUUCCCAACAGCGCUCGACACUUCACUGCGAUCCUGGGGCCUGGACGACAAAAUGGCCAAAAUGUUGUUGCAGCACCUCCACAAAGUAGCGAGUACGGCCCGACAGGUCACAAUAUCAACGCCAUCGGAUGUCGGGGCACCGCGCAACCGAGUGUUGUACCGAACAGUAUAAUUCUUCAACGACUCGCGGAACACCGGGCUCACAAACGCAGUCAGCAGGAGACCGGUAACACCGCAUUACGCUUGAAUCCAUUCCUUCACCAACCAAAUGCGCCGGCUCCACUGCCAUAUUUAGCUGGGGUUCAACAAUUAGACAUUAGGGCGAUGUUACAGCGCGCAACGUUGGAGCGCGCAAGGCGGAAUGCUACUUGA